GCUCACGGCGGGUGGCGGCGUGCGUGGCAGUCGGCUGUGGCGGGAGCAGCGGGCCUCAUGGCGGCCAGUCCACAGUCCUCGGGGGUCGCCGUGUCUGCGGCCGCUUACCCUGACUCACCCGUGGAGUUACCCGCUCGCCUACAGAAAGGCGCGAUGCGGCGCCGCUUCUGGGGCGUGUUCAACUGUACGUGCGCUGGUGCGUUCGGAGCUCUGGCCGCCGCCGCAGCCAAGCUGGCCUUCGGGAGCCAGGUGAAUAUUGGCUUAUGUGUCUUAGGCAUUAUUGCCAUGGCAAGCACCAAUUCUCUGAUGUGGACCUUCUUUAGCCGGGGGCUCAGUUUCUCUAUGUCUUCUGCCAUUGCAUCUGUUACAGUGACAUUUUCGAACAUACUUUGCUCGGCCAUCUUAGGCUACAUGCUGUAUGGAGAGUGCCAGGAGAUCUUGUGGUGGGGAGGGGUGUUCCUCAUCCUCUGUGGGCUCACCCUGAUCCACAGGAAGUUUCCACCCACCUGGAAGGAGAGCAAGCAGCAGUGACGACAGUUGGUUGGAUAGACCCACUGUAAAGAUAACCAUGAUGCUCAGCCAGGGGUUGACAAGUGGGACUGCUUCCGGGGCAGCCUGGGAGUUCAGCCCUUGACUGUCAGCCACAGAGAGAUGCUGGACCAGCCACUGGCUUCUGACCACCUCACAGCCUGGAAGGUUAAAGCUCCUAUAAGGGGAAGAUAAUCCCCACAGUAUGAGGCUGAAGCCCUUCAGGGUUGGUAUAGUGCCUUGAUUCUGUGCACCAGGGAAUCCUGGAAGACUCUGAUCUUGGGUUGCACAGCAACAUGGCAGGUACCCAAAAAACACAUGUGAUUAGAAUCCUGCCCUUCACAUAACCCAGCAUCAGCAGUUGGCAGGGCUUUCUGAAAAAACAACAAACUUAGUGUGCCAUGCCUGAGGUGGUCUGUGAUGCCUAUGAAUCCACAGCAAAAGAAGGAAACUUGGGCUAAUAAACACUUGUAAGUUAAAGCUA